AUGAAGACUCUGAUGAGGACCUUCCAGGUGCUGGUCUUAUGCAAAGGGAAAGGACUACUUCAAGUUGCGGAACAGAAGGACCUCACCGACACUUCUGUUCUCGCCGGAGCAGCGAUUCGUCCGCUGCUGGAGACAGCAAAGAUUUUUUACAGUCAGUGCCAGAUUCUUCGCCGCUUUCUGAAAAGCCCGUCUGCUUUGACCCGUCUGCUUCCUCCCGUCGCCUCGAGGAGCUGGUGGGACGACGGCGCCGGGAAACUGAAAUGCUGUUUCAGCGGUGGAGACUGCGCUCAUGGCGCCUCAAAAGGCAAUUGCCGUCCUUUUCAUCACUCCUCAUAG